AUUUCUUCUUAUCAGUGUUGCGGUCAACCAUAGACUCAACAGUAUAUAUACUCACAGGGGAAAUAAGAGCUCACAGUUACUAUCGGCUAAUACUCAAUGCUGCAAUCCAAAAAGACGACUAUGAAACUCCUCCUCAGCCUGAUCGUGUUGUGCACCAUCUUCAGCUUGUGUUAUGGAUUCUGCACUGUUGAAAUAAUCAAGCCCAAAAUUGUUAAUGGGAAAAAAGUAGAGGAGUGCAUCGACUCGUCUGAUGGAAGUGUUCAUCCGGUGGGAUCAAAAUGGAAUUCAAAAAAUUGUAUGGAAUGCUACUGUUCUGCUGACCAGAUAGGGUGCUGCUCCAGGUAUGGUGGUCCCAUGUCCAUUGAAGGAUGCAUCAGUAAGGAAGAUCCAGAAACCUGCACAUACAAAUUUUACAAGAUUGAUAAUCCCUCCAUCCCAUGUGACAUGGCGGAAUGAAUGAAUGAUUCCAUCAAGUACAAAGCCCCUUCACACGAUGUCUGAAGACUUAACUUGCUCUGGCAUUUUAAAAUGUUUGCCUAAAGGCAUAUAAAACAUAAUAAAGAGGAAUUCUAUAUACUGCUCAAA